AUGGUUUGUUCCUCCCACAGGUUCUCUCACGAUGUGACUCCUGUGAUCCUUGCAGCACACUGUCAGGAGUACGAGAUAGUCCACACCCUCCUGAGUAAAGGGGCCCGCAUAGAUCCUCCUCAUGACUACUUCUGCAGCUGUGACUCGUGCAAUUACCACCAGCAGUUUGACUCGUUCAGCCACUCGCGCUCCAGGAUCAACGCCUACAAAGGACUGGCCAGUCCUGCUUACCUGUCCCUGUACAACGAGGAUCCGGUCCUGGCAGCUCUGGAGCUCAGCAAUGAGCUGGCCAUGCUGGCUGACAUUGAGAAAGAAUUUAAGAACGACUACUGCCGCCUGUCAAACCAGUGUAAGGACUAUGUAGUGGGCCUUCUGGACCUGUGCCGCAGCACAGAGGAAGUGGAGGCUAUCUUGAAUGGAGAAACGUUCUCUGAAGAUGCCUACAACCUACCAGGACGCCCCUCCCUCACACGACUCAAACUGGCCAUCAAAUAUGAACUGAAGAAGUUUGUGGCUCAUCCAAACUGCCAGCAGCAGCUGCUGAGCAUCUGGUAUGAGAACCUGCCCGGUCUGAGACAACAAACCACCGCCAUCAAGCUGCUGGUGGUUCUGGCCGUGGUCAUCGGUCUGCCUGGACUGGCUGUGGCUUACUGGAUCACUCCGUGCAGCAGAGUGGGUAAAGUUAUGCGCAGCCCCUUCAUGAAGUUUGUGGCCCAUGCUUCAUCGUUCACUAUUUUCCUGUGUCUGCUGAUCCUGAAUGCUGCAGACCGUUUCGCAGGUACCAACAUGCUGCCUAACAUGACCCACCUUCAGAACCCUGAAGGUUCACAGCUCAGCUCUGACCGGCUGCUGCUCUACCGUAAGACCACCACACCCUUCACCUGGAUGGAGAUCCUCAUCAUCUCAUGGGUCAUUGGCAUGAUUUGGGUUGAAGUGAAGGAGAUCUGGUUCCAGGGACCUGGGGAGUACCUGGUCGAACCGUGGAACUUCCUGGACUUUGGGAUGCUGGCCAUUUUUCUGGCCUCCUUCAGCUGCCGCUUCUCUGCUGCGAGACGUGCAGAUUUAGCCCAGGACUACGUGCACGAACAUUGUAGGGCGGUGGUGGGACAGUCUCCACAGACAGACGCCUACAGCCUCUGUAAAACACGGAUCCGUCUGCCGGCAGAGGUAGACUACUUCACCAAAGCUCGUAUGGACUGGGUCCCAUCAGAUCCUCAGCUUGUGUCGGAGGGGCUCUACGCCAUCGCUGUGGUGCUGAGCUUCUCAAGGAUUGCCUACAUUCUCCCUGCCAACGAGAGCUUCGGUCCACUCCAGAUCUCUUUAGGAAGGACGGUCAAAGACAUCUUCAAGUUCAUGAUCAUCUUCCUCCUGGUGUUUCUGGCCUUCAUGAUCGGCAUGUUCAACCUGUACUCUUAUUACCUGGGGGCCAAGCAGAAUGACGCCUUCACCACCCUGGAGGAGAGCUUUAAGACGUUGUUCUGGGCCAUAUUUGGACUGUCAGAGGUCCGGUCUGUAGUGAUCAACAAUGACCACAAGUUCAUCGAGAACAUCGGCUACGUGCUGUACGGGGUGUACAACGUUACCAUGGUGAUAGUGCUGCUCAACAUGCUCAUCGCCAUGAUUAACAGCUCCUUCCAGGAGAUUGAGAUGAGGAGCAGCAUCUCCCCCCGGAUGAUGGAGUUCCUCAUCCUUUAG